GCGCACAAACAAUCGCUCGUAAUGUAGGCACAGUGCGAAUUCAAGGCUGUAUACUACUCGCAACUCGGUGCGCGAAUAUACGAAAAAUGUACACACCUGCGUUCUGGUACAUAACCUUAUAAUUGCGAAUUUUCGUUGUGUAUAUUGACAUUUGCGCGCGCGGGUUGUACGCUUAUUAGUUGCUGACGAUUUUUAGACGAAAACAGUGGCUUUUUACGCGAUAAAAUUGAUAGCGAAUUUGCGAACGUAUUAACUUAUUACCGAAAGGAGAGAGAGAGACUGCAUCGAGGGAUUCGAAGAUGAUUGCAAAGAUUUUAAAGCUCUCCAUGGGCUUGGGCAGCUUCUUUUACACAUUUACUGUGCUAUGUCGUUUGAUGAAAUUUUUAUCGAGUCCGCAAGAGAGUAAAGAGAGCGACGAGUUCAAUGCAGGUUUGAUCAGCAAAACAUUAUGGACCCUGUUUAUGAAUACAGCUUUACUCAGCGUAUUCAUCUUACAACAUUCUCUCAUGGCUGCUAAAUCUGUAAAAGAUUUGUAUCAUAGAUUAAACUUGGACGACCUCGAGCGUAGUAUUUACAAUGCCUGUAGUGCCGGGGCAUUACACUUUGUAAUAUCUCAUUGGCAAACCAUAACUUGGGCAUACAUUUGGGAUUUCAAAGCUCUUCAAAAUGACAAGAUAUGGUACACUACUAUGGCCUUUCAAUCAUUCGGUUGGUUGAUCAUUUACGUUGGUUGCGUUACCAUGGAUAUAUUAGAUCUAGCUGGUUUGAAGCAGAUUUUCUAUAAAAUAUCUGGACGACCACGCCCAAUGUCCUUAAAAUCCUUGGGCUUCCAAAGAUAUAUCAGUCAUAUGAGGCAUCCUAGCUUCAUUGGAUUUAUUUCAAUCUUGUGGUUCUUCCCACUGAUGAGUAUUGAUAGACUGCUCAUGGCUUCUUUAUUGACAAUAUACAUGGCUUUGAUGUGGUCAAUCGAUGAAGAUGAUUAUAAUUACCAUUCCAUGACUAUUUGGAAAAAACAAAGGGGAUAUAAAUAUUACUGAAUAAGUGAUUUCCAGUAUUUUGCUUAAUAUUAUUUUGCAGCUAUAAAAUUAACUCAUAAUUGAGUUAGUUGAGGUCUUAAUGCUUUAAUAUUUAUGGGUGAUAUUAACUUAAGCUUAUCCACUAACUUUGAAACUGCUAAAUUCCUGAUUCAUUUCCAUUCAAUUAGAAUAAUUGAUCAAGUAAUCUCAAAUUUUAACAAUAUAUACUACCUAUGGUAUAUAAAAAUGUAUUAGAGUAAUGAUUCAAGAUGUAUUGGUUUACCCUUAUGGCAGCUAUGAGAGUAAUCAUCAUAAAUUACGUCACUAUAUUCCUUAAAAAAAUCUCUAAUGAGAUACAAAAGAGAAUUUAAGUGCCUAAUUUUAGUAAUAAGUAAAUAUUUUAUAAUUGUAAAGAAAUGAACAUUUUAUGAAGUAUAAGUUUCAGAAAUAUUUAUCGCAAAGUUGAAAAUGCUUCAGUAGUGUAUGAAUUAUAAAUAAUAAGAGAGAAUGGAGUAUGCAUAUAAUACUUGUAAAAGAAUGACUGAUAUGUGUAAUGCAAACUCACUAUAGCAGCCGAACAUGCAAGGUAUUUUUUAUCAAUGCAAAGGUUUAUAAUUGAACAAAAUGUUUAUAAUCUGAUAAAAUGAAACUUCUAUAUUUUUAUAGAACAAAUGUAUCUAUUGUAAUUUGAAAGUCAUAAAUAUAAGAUAUCAAUAAUUAA